GCUUCAAUCUGUCAAAAAUUUUACACGAGUUUAGGGCUCUUUUAGUUUCAUUAAAAAACAUUCUUACUACAUUAUGUUAUAUGUUUUUAUAUUACUCUUUCGAUGAAUUUGAAAUGCAAAAGAGUGUCAGUUUAGAAAAGAUAAACGGCACUGACGAUAUUUCAAAUGCAAAGAGGAAGAGUACUAGAUGUAAUUUUCAAAAAAGUGGUAACGAAAUAAGGCGAAGACAUAAACACUUUAGACAAGUUCACGAACAUUAUCAAAUAAUUAUAAGACCAAAGAUUCAUAGAAGCAAUUCUUUGUCCGAUUUAACCAAAACGAGUGAUUAUUCUUUCGAUUAUUUUAAUAAUAAAAAUAGCUGUCUUUACCCAACGGACCCUCAUAUAGACUACGAUUGUUCGGGUGAUACAUUGGAGAGAUAUUCUAGAUGUUUGAUUGAGACACCGCACAUGUCUUGGAAUUUCAAAGGGAAGAAAAUGAAAGGAAAGAUCGACAUGAAUCCAGAAUUGUAUGCGUCAAGAUUGGAUUAUACUUAUGGAGAGCCAACUGAAACUGAAAUGUCGAGAAUUCGUUUUUGUAGUUCAUGCAGUUCAAAUGAUACAUUACAUAAGAAAAAUGCAACGUUUCCUUUCAAACCAACACCAAGUGGAAAUUUAAAAGUGCAAUCUAAUCAAGUAGUAUUUCAGUCAUCAACCGUUGGAGUCCUUUUGGCCGAUCCAACACAAGCAAAGGUAAAAGUGAAAAUAGAAGGAAAUGGUGAAGACUUAAAUAAUGAGUAUAACAAAAUUAUAAAUGCCAAUUACAAGAAUCACCCAGAACCACAUCUGCAAUAUGGCCACAAGACGAGUCCUACUGUGUGUCAUGUUAAAACAGUAAUGGACAGGAAUAUAAAGGACAAAACUAAAAUACAAGAAACAUGUAAUCUAUCCAGUCUUGGAUAUGGACAGACAGAACCGGUAGAUUGGACUUGUGUACAAUUGCCGAAGAAACAAGAAUUAUUUCAGGAGUUCUAUAGAAGGAUUUUAAAUAAAAUAAACACCGAUUGUAUCGUCCAUAUCGGCAAUGAAGAGUUCCAUUGUCAUCGCAUUGUACUUGAAAUUUAUUCGUCAUUAUUUAGCAAGAAUCCUCAACGGGAAAUUGAAUUAUCUAAUAGUAAUGUGAAGCCUACAGCUUUCCAAAUUAUUUACGAGUGGAUGACUGUAAGUGGCUUAGAGAGCAAUAAGCUGUUGAAAAGGGAAAAUGUUCUUGAUUUAUUUGCCGGAAGUCAAUAUCUUGGAAUUAAAGACCUAGAAGAUCAAUGCUGGUCGUUUAUUGCCAAUGAUAAUAUUUUUAAUGAAGAUUCGGCGUUUGUUUUAUACAGAGGAGCGAGAGUACAGCAUUUGACUCCCGUAAUGGAACUUAUGGUACCUCGAGUAAAGAGAUUCUUUCUGCCUCUAGUAGCUUCUAGCGAUUUUCUUGGUCUGGAACCAGAGGAAGUUAUGACGUUUUUGAAGUCCAACUAUAUUUGUGUUGCAAGUGAAAUAGAGGUUUUGAUGGCUGGUGUGAGGUGGUUGUACGGAGACUGGACCUCUCGAAAGCGGUUCGUAACAGACGUUAUGAGAUGUGUCCGCUUUGGUCUAAUAUCUCCAUGGCAACUUGUGGAUAUUAAACGAAAUCCAGACAAUGCCGAGAUACUCGAAAUUGUUAACGAACCAGACGUUCAGCAAAUGGUGGAUGAUGGUUUAGCUUACGUGAUAAUAAAAUAUUGGUAUGGAAACAAUUCAAAGAAUUAUUACCAUUGGAUUGAUGUUCUUGGUUUAUCCGAACCAGUUGAGAGGAAUUGGAUAGGAGAGGAAAAGAAUCAUGUGACAUACAAAGAGUUUUUGAAAUAUCUAGAGCAGUUUAUGGUGCCAAAGGAACAGAUGUACAAGCAGAUGGCCAUGAUGCAACCACCUCGGAGAAAUGAUGACGCUCCGGGCAGUUUUCGCGGAAAAGAUCAAGAUAAAAUGGAAAUGCGCAGACCCAAAAUAGAUUUCCCCACGCCGGCUGUGUUGAUGGGGCUCACUGAUACUGAGAAAUUUCCAACGAUGAGCGAAUUCUUUGGAAACCAAUCAAAGAUACAGAAAAGUCCUACACAGUCCUUCGAUAGAGCACCAAUUGAUGUACCAAGAAAUCAUGAAACAAGAAACAGCCCAGAAAUGGAAAGGAAACAAACGCAAUCCAUGAAUGCCCAGCCCAAAAUACAAGAACACUUAUUGUACCGUAAGCCAACGAACAGGGAUCAUCAAGUUAACCUCUGCAAUUUUGAACCAAAAAUAGCCAACAACGUGCAUGAACCACCAGAGAAAGAUUCAACCGAAGAAUUAGUGUCUUCGACCAGCGAGACAAGUGAGACACCAGGGACAAGCGCAACAGUUACUGAUACAAGACGCGGCAGUCAGAAGCGGCAUAGCGUAGCAGCAUGCUAUUUAGCUGCUGCCACUGCGGCUCUAUCCGGAAACAGGAGAGACUCUCAGUCAGUAGAUCAACAGCCACAGACCAGCAAUCUGUCCCGACCUAAUGCCGUUAACCGACUUAAUUCUGUUCAAAUUAUAUCCAGCCCACAGGCGUCACUCUUUAAUCAAUCAAAGGAAUCACUUGCUAAAGCUAAUAUGAACAAGCUAUCCACGUCCAUCUUGGGCCCGUCAAACAAGAACUAUAUAGUAGAUGGUUCUCUAUUCAAUUGGGACCGUGAAACAGUUCUUGUAUUUGGUGGAAUUGAUCCCCAUACACCAUAUGGCGUGGCCGGAAAUACUGGAAAAGAUAUAUACAGGUUUGAUCCCGUAACAAACAUUUGGGAAAGUGUGGGGGAACUUCCUGAACCCAGGCAUCAUCAUUCCGUGGCCUUUCUUCGAGGAAGAGUAUUCCUAGUCGGUGGUGCAGAUCCUCGUGAAGAUGACUUACGAGGGAAGUCAGUUGUGGUCUCAACUGUAUGGAGUUAUGAGCCGGUGACUCGGUCGUGGUUUAGCGAAUCUGGUCUCGCGAUACCGAGGAAGAAUUUUGGGCUGGUUGUUCAUAAAAUGGCACUUUACGCUAUUGGAGGGCAGGAUAAAAAGGGCAGAGUAUUAAGAUCCGUGGAAAAGUUCGAUCCAAAGACAGGAUCGUGGAGUGAAGUACGAUCAAUGGGCGUGGCCAGGAUGGCCGUUGCAACUGUCAAGUACAGGGAUUACAUUUGGGUAGCAGGUGGCAUGACUGGUGAGAAGAAACGACCGGUCUGCAAGAUCGUCGAGUGCUAUAACUAUAAAACUAAUGAGUGGACAGAAAUUCAUAGUUUGCGGUUUCCGAGAUGUUUCGCAACUUUAUUUUCUAUGAACGAUAAACUGUACAUUAUCGGUGGAGCUGGAAAAAUGUCGGAUAAGGACAAAACACCAAGUAGCGUAGGUGCAAUAGAUGUAUGGGACUGGAAAGAGAGGCAGUGGAAACAGGAGACGGAGAUGUCAAUACCAAGACAUGGCCACGCCCUCGCCUACCUCGGCACGCAGCUAAUUAUAAUCGGAGGUGUAACAACAAUAUACAUGCGAGCUCUUAGCAAUGUCGAGUCGUUUUGCUGUGAACGCGGAGCCUGGAUACGCGGUGUUGCAACCUUGCCCACGCCGUUGUCAGGCCAUGGAGCCGUCACUCUGCCACCAGCGUCACUUAUGUGAUGUAAAUUUUCUUUGAUCCAAAAUUUAUAAGUUAUAACAACGGAAAUGUAUCAUAUUUAUAUUACUUUCGUCGAACCAAAGACUGUUUCAUAAAAAAUCUAAUUGCACCGUUAUAACUAAGGUUUUUGUUUCUUUCUUUCCAAUUGUUUAAUAAUUGGGGUAAAAAGAGACAGAGUGUUUUUGUAAAGAUGUUAUUUGAUGUCGUUUUAUUUAUGGGGUGAAAUUGCAAAAAUUUUGCCAUUGUUAAGUCCUGGACCUGUCAUUCCAUCAGACACUCAUGUGACGUAAAUUAUAAUUAUUACCAAAUUAACAAGGAAAUAUUUUAUCCACUAAUUCAUUCAAUAAGAAAACGCAGCAAUUUAGAAUGUAUGUAGAGAAAAUUAAUCAAUUAUCAAUAAUUUUUAUUAAUUCAAAAUUGUUUGUUUGAACUGUUUGUAAUCAGAAAUAACUGUUAGCGAUGUGAUUUUGUUUUUAUGGAUGUAAGUAAAACUUUCAGUUGUCUGUAAUGUAGCACUUUAGAAAAUAAAUGGAACUGAUAAAUUGUAUUUCUGUGUUGU